CUCGGACGGGGCCGGCGGCGGUUGUGUCUCGGACGCGGCCGGGUGAAGUCACCGCCGCCUGGAGCCCAGCCGACCUCAGGAGAUGUGCCAGAGGGGCGCGCCGCGCUGCGAGCGGGAGAGCGUCUGAUCCGAGGCUGACGCCGGCAGGAAGCGGUGCCACAACGCAACAUGACGGCCGACGGCGACACGGCCGGCCCGGCCGCCCGCUCCUGGUCCUCCUCGUGCUGCUGUUCUCCUGUACAGAGGGCUGGGGCCCCAAGCCGAACGAGACGUACACAGAGGUGGUGCCGUCGCUGGUGCCGGGCGCGGACGCCGCGGCCGCCCAUCGCGGCCGACGGCGACGACAGCUACGUGUUCCCCGACACGGACGGCAACUGCCCGCGCGACGAGGACGCAGCCAAGUUCCAGGGCCGCGUGUGCAUGAAGAAGUGUGAGACCGACGCCAACUGCCUCAGCGCCAACCGCAAGUGCGUCUGCGACGGCGUCUGCGGAAUGUCCUGCGUGAAACAGGACAAAGAGUGUCCGAAGCUAAAGCCGCCCGACUUUGGCCGAAUGAAGCUGAACGAGAGGACGUACGGAGCGACAGCAAAAUACGCCUGCAGGGAGGGGUUCCGGCUGGUGGGUCCGGGCACCCGCCUCUGCCAAGCAGACGGCCGCUGGUCGGGCCUUGACCCCGUCUGCAAGGAGCUUAACAAGGACGUGUUCUGCGAAGGCUCACCAAACAUCACGAACGCCCGCCACAACGCGUCCUAUGACCAGCUGACGUUCGACCUCAACACGACCCUGUACUACUCCUGCCACGAGGGGUACCAGAACAGGGGCAUCUUCGCCGAGGCCAAGUGCUUGAUGUACAACGAGACGGCCAAGUGGUUCGGGCCGGACAUGUACUGCGAACCCAAACGGUGCUCGUCAGCCAGACAAAUCGAGAACGGCAUCAUGGAAAACAACUGCUCCAACUUCCUGUGCCGGGCCAGCUAUCAGUGCAACCAAGGCUUUGAACUGGUCGGCCGAGCCAACACCUACUGCCAGAGCGACGGCAGCUGGCAACCUUCAGAACUGCCCACCUGUACCCCGGUGAGGUGUGCGCCGCCGCGGCAGCCCUUAAAUGGCCACGUCAGCCUGAAGGCAUCCACCUUCUCGUCGACGGCGCAGUACUCGUGCGCGCGGGGCUUCAUGCUGCUGGGCGACGCGACGCGUACCUGCCUGCCAAGCAAGCAGUGGAGCGGACAGGAGCCCGUCUGCGAAG